AUGAUAACCGGCCUUUUCUUCCUUAAUAAGCAUGGCGAGGUUAUUAUUGAGAAGGAAUUCCGUGAGAAGGUACCCCGCUCCAGCCUGGAAGACUUCUGGUGCACCUAUAUGACUCCAUUGCGUUCGAUUGAAGAGGCACCCGCUGUUAUUACGUACAGCCGGUUUGCCUUUAUUCAAAUCCAUCGUAACGAUGUCGUCCUCCUGGCGGUUGCAACAAGUGAGUGUUUCCCCCUAUUCGUGAUGGAAGUCCUAGCGCUGGCCGCAAAAGUGGUGCAAAAGUACCUCAAAGUCAUCUCUGAGAGCACGUUGCGUGAGAAUUUUUCUUUGGUGUAUCAAUUGCUUGUGGAGCUCAUUGACAAUGGAUACCCACUGACAACUGAAAUGCACGUGCUAGAGGAGUUGGUGCUUCCACCGUCGUUAGAAAAUGUGUUUCGUAGUGCUCUGGAAGCACCAGUAGCGAUAAAGCGGCGCCAUAUGGGUUCCCGUGCCGUACCGUGGCGGGACCCUGCGACAAAGCACUCAUCAAAUGAGAUUUUCUUCGAUAUAGUGGAAAAUUUGGAUUGCAUAGUCGAUUGCGAAGGAAAUGUGGUGCAGAGCGCUGUCCGUGGUGCCGUGGAGGUGAACUGUCGUCUGAGUGGGCUGCCCGAAGUCAUCAUGCGGUUAACUGGCAUCGAUUGCAUCGAAGACAUUGCCAUGCAUCGGUGUGUUCGACGUAGCCGUUACGAGGUCGACCGCAUGAUCAGUUUUAUACCUGUUGAUGGGAAGUUUACGCUGUUGCAGUACCGCUGUAAAAUGGCCAAUAGUGUGCAGGUUCCCUUCUAUGUUACACCGCAAAUUACUUUUAAUGCCAGUGUUGGUCGAUUUAACUGUAUGGUGGGAUUCCGUGGUUCUGGUCUCGCAGCAAGGAGCAGGGAAUACGAGAUUCAGAAACUUAUCAUCCACCUUCCCCUUCCGCCCCAGACAGAGGCGGUGCAGGUGCACAGCAUCUCACACGGGAACACGAACUUUAAGAAGGCACGUAACAUGCUGGUGUGGAAUGUAGGGUCACUUCAUCGUGGCACGUGCUCACUUAGUGGCGAGUUUACGUUUGGUACGGAGAGGGAAAAGGAGGGACUAGCGCCGUGUACAGGAGGCUCUGCGUUAGUUGAGUUCAGCAUCCCAAACUAUCUACUGAGUAGCAUCCGCGUCGACAGUGUUCAGGUGUUGAAUGAUUUGACAAAGCCCUACAAAGGUGUCAAAUAUGUUACGACGGCUGGGAGGUUUGCCGUGCGGACAAUUUGA